GAAAAUUCUGAAAUUCCUUUGCAGCUCAAACGAUGGGAGAGGAAAGAGUGCAAACCAAACAGCCUCCCAGUUCUCCACAAAACGCAUGUUAAAGUUGGAGACACUGUAAAAAUCAUCUCUGGAAAUGACAAAGGUAAAACCGGAGAGGUUACAAGGGUUAUCAAGCAUAACAGCACCAUAGUAAUAAAAGAAAUCAACUUGAAGACAUAGCACGUGAAGAGCAGGGAAGAGGGAGUACCGGGCCAAAUAAUCAAGAUUGAGGCACCUAUUCACAGCUCAAAUGUAAUGCUAUACUCUAAAGAGAAAAACGUGGCUAGCCGAGUUGGUCAUAAGACCCUAGAAAAUGAGAAACGAGUUUGUUACCUCAUGGCACUUUAGUGUAUUCUUCCUAGAGAAUGUGAAACUAUGGAACUCUUGUGCAGCAUUAGCAACUUUACUCGGUUUACUUGUUUUAUGAAACAUCAUUAGUUGGUGGCGGAGCCAGCAUCCGGCGAGGGGCGCUGCUGCACUUGCUGGAUCCGUCUGAAGUUGUAGUUGCAGUCGGAAGCCGCCAGCUAGGGAAGAGGAAGAAAAAAUCACACCUGCGACAGGGCAAUAGGAAGAAGAUACCCACC